AUGGUAUUCCAGCCAAACCGCCAUUUGAAGGUGGCAAAAUAUCAGUUUUCUCCACACCCACAGUUCAGCUGCCAGGUGGGCCCGAAGUCUAAACCCUACUAUUCCCAGAUUCCCACCGGCCUCCGAGGCUCCGAUUCCUUCUCUUGCACACCACACUCCCCUCCGCCCAAAACCCCAAGAAACCCCCCAUCGAUCCCCUUCCAUCAUCAACCUCCGGCGAUUCGCCUGCCAUGGCCUCGCCGUCGCCGUCGCCGUCGCCAUCGAGCGCCAGCAAUCAGCGCCGCUCCCUGCCGCCCUCACCAGCGGCGGCCUCCUCGGUGGGAUCCUCGCCCGCAUUCCCACCCCGCAAGAGGCGCCGGUCGGGGCGCCCGCCUCCCUUCCUCGGGUUGGCCUGCUACGACGGCUUCUACCCGGCCACGGAGCCCCACCCUUCCGCCGAGCGCGCCAUCGCCCUCGCUCGCAAGGCCGAUUUCGAGUACGGCUUCGUGCCGUGGGUGCCGGAGGAGGAGGCCUGGGGCUGGUUCCCCCUCGACGCCCGCGACGGCCGCGUCCUCAUCCAGUCCAAGUACUUCCCCGAUGACCCCGACGGCGGCGACUUCCCCCGCCCCCGCUUCAUGAACUACGCCGUGUGCGAUCCCCUGUUCAAGAGAUACGUGAUGCUCCCACCCGUACCCGACGACCUAACCGCCAAUGAGGGGAGCCUUGUUGAUUUCGGGCUCUGCCUUGCCCCCUCCCAAGAGGAUGAGGCGGAUACAUCGUUCAGGGUGAUAUGCGUGGCACGGUACAACACCAAUCUGGUCGCGUUCGUCUUCUCUUCCGUCACUAGGCAAUGGGGAAUCGGUUCGUCUUCCACCUGGAGUUCUUUGGGCACAGAAGAGCCCCCUAACCGCCAUGGCCUGAGUUGCUUCGACUGUGUUGAUGGCUGCUUCUACUGGACAGUGCCUUCGGCGGACAAGAUUCUUGUGCUUGAUGCCAUCAAGAUGGAGUUCUCUGUUAUCAACUAUGCUCAUCGUGUGGAGGACGGCUUUCGGGCUUGCAUUGCAGUUGAUACAGAAGGAACCCCUGGGAUGCUGACUGUUGGUGAAUACUUGGGGAAUAGAGAGUUUCGCUUCUCUCGCAUCGCGAAACAAAGUGACCGUGAAUCUCCCAAUGAACGCCUGUCGGAGAAUAUUAUACAAUUGCCCAGCAACUGCAAUAAGUACUUCACCUUAGGUGCAGCUGAGGGAUUUAUUUUCCUUAGAGGCAUUCCAGAAGAAGAGAAAGUAGAAGACUCUUCAUCAGAGGAUCUUUACAUGGAUCCUGAAGAAAUAGAAUAUUAUUCGCUCAAUGUCAAGACUGUUGAAUUUGAGAUGGUCUGCGCGAUGGACAUGGACAAGUGCUACUUUCAUGUUUGCCCGUACUUCCGCUUUUCACCACCAUCGGCAAAACCAUGUGUUUGAAGUGGGAUGAAGCCGUGCUUUUGAGCCCAUACUCGUGCCAUGCAUCCGUACUGCUUGGAAGUGCAGGAGGUUCAAAAUGGUGCUGCCAUUCUGUUGACCCGGAUGUUCUUGAGCCUUGGGUUAUAUUUAUCACAAAGUAGUCACUAAUGUAGUUUAAUAGACCGUAUUAAGUUAAUGUAAGCAAGACUUGCUGCUGGCAACCUUAUUCUCGAACAGUAAUCUGUUAGUGGCUUAGUGCCGUACUGUUAUUCUGUGCUGGACUUCAUCAAUGUGCAAGACUGUGCAACGCUCUGAGA